AUGACAACAACUGAGACCCCAACAACAACCACAGUGGCCCCAACGACAACAACUGAGACCCCACAACAACUAGUGAGGGCCCCAACCACUACAUCAGAGGCCCCAACCACAACAGCUGAGGCCUCAACAACACCCACAGAGGCGCCAAUGACAACAACUGAGACCCCAACAACAACCACAGUGGCCCCCAACGACGACAACAGAGGCCCCAACAACGACAACACUGAGACCCCACAACCAACUAGUGAGGCCCCAACCACGACAACAGAGGCCCCAACGACAACAGCUGAGGCCCCAACAACACCCACAGAGGCCCCAAUGACAAGUAGCGAGGCCCCAGCCACGACAACAGAGGCCCAAACCACAACAACUGAGACCCCAACAACAACCACAGUGGCCUCAACGACAACAACUGAGACCCCAACAACAACUACUGAGGCCACAACCACGACAACUGAGGCCCAUACGACAACAAGUGAGGCCACAACCAGGACAACAGAGGUCCCAACAAUGACGACAAAUGAGACCCCGACAACAACUAGUGAGGCCCCAACCACGACAACAGAGGUCCCAACCACAACAACAGAAGUCCCAACCACAACAACAGAGGCCCCAACCACAAAAACUGAGGCCCCAACAACAACCACAGUGGCCCCAACGACAACAACUGUGGCCCCAACAACACCGACAGAGGCCCUAACUACAAGUAGUGAGGCCGCAGCCACGACAACGGAGGUCCCAGCCACAACAACAGAGGUCCCAACAACGACAACAGAGGCCCCAGCCACGACAACAGAGGUCCCAGCCACAACAACAGAGGUCCCAACAAUGACAACAGAGGCCCCAACAACAACAAGUGAGGCUACAACCACGACAACACAGGUCCCAACAAGGACAACAAAUGAGACCCCAACAACAACUAGUGAGGCCCCAACCACGACAACAGAGGUCCCAACCACAACAAGUGAGGCUACAACCACGACAACAGAGGUCCCAACAAGGACAACAAAUGAGACCCCAACAACAACUAGUGAGGCCCCAACCACGACAACAGAGGUCCCAACCACAACAACAGAGGUCCCAACCACAACAACAGAGGCCCAAACCAAAACAACUGAGGCCCCAACAACAACCACAGUGGCCCCAACGACAACAACUGAGACCCCAGCAACAACUACUGAGGCCCCAGCCACGACAACAGAGGUCCCAACCACAACAACAGAAGUCCCCACAACAAAAACAGAGGCCUCGACGACAACAAGUGAGGCUACAACCACGACAACAGAGGUCCCAACAACGACAACAGAGGUCCCAAGCACAACAACAGAGUUCCCAACCACGACAACAGAGGACCAAACCACAUCAACUGAGGCCCCAACAACAACCACAGUGGCCCCAACGACAACAACUGUGGCCCCAACAACAACCACAGAGGCCCUAACGACAACCACAACAACAGAGGUCCCAACAACGACAACAGAGGCCCCAACAACAACAAGUGAGGCUACAACCACGACAACAGAGGUCCCAACAAGGACAACAAAUGAGACCCCAACAACAACUAGUAAGGCCCCAACCACGACAACAGAGGUCCCAACCACAGACCAAACCACAUCAACUGAGGCCCCAACAACAACCACAGUGGCCCCAACGACAACAACUGAGACCCCAAUGACAACAAUUGAGGCUACAACCACGACAACAGAGGUCCCAACAAUGACGACAAAUGAGACCCCAACAACAACUAGUGAGGCCCCAACCACGACAACAGAGGUCCCAACCACAACAACAGAAGUCCCAACAACAACAACAGAGGCCUCGACGACAACAAGUGAGGGUACAACCACGACAACAGAGGUCCCAACAACGACAACAACUGAGACCCCAACAAAAACUAGUAAGGCCCCAACCACGACAACAGAGGUCCCAAGCACAACAACUGAGGACCAAACCACAUCAACUGAGGCCCCAACUACACCCACAGAGGCCCCAACGACAACAACUGAGACCCCAAAUAUAACUACUGAAGCCCUAACCACGACAAAUGAGGGCCCAACCACAACAGCUGAGGCCCCAACCACAACAACUGAAGCCCCAACAACAACCACAGUGGCCCCAACGACAAGCCCCAACGACAACAACUGA